GGAGGAGCCGCGGAGAUGCUGAGCUCGCCCUGGGCGCGCUUCUACUCCAACAGCUGCUGCCUCUGCUGCCAUGUCCGCACCGGCACCAUCAUCCUCGGCGUCUGGUACCUGAUUAUCAAUUCUGUGGUAUUGCUGAUUCUGCUGAGCGCCCUGACCGAUCCUGACCAGUACCACCUAACCAGUGCUGAAUUAGGGGGUGAAUUUGAAUUUAUGGAUGAUGCCAAUAUGUGCAUUGCCACAGCAAUUUCUCUUCUUAUGAUUCUGAUCUGUGCAAUGGCUACAUAUGGCGCAUAUAAGCAACAUGCAGCUUGGAUCAUCCCUUUCUUCUGUUACCAGAUCUUCGACUUUGCUCUCAACACGUUGGUUGCCAUCAGUGUACUCGUCUAUCCCAGCACAAUUCAGGACUACCUCCACCAACUGCCCACCAAUUUUCCCUACAAGGAAGAGAUCAUGUCUGUGAACCCUACGUGUCUGGUUGUGAUUAUCCUCCUUUUCAUAAGUAUCAUUUUGGCUUUUAAGGGUUACUUGAUAAGCUGUGUGUGGAACUGUUACCGAUACAUUAACAGCAGAAACAACUCAGAUGUGUUGGUGUACAUUACCACCAAUGACACUGCGGUCCUGUUGCCACCAUAUGAUGAUCCUGUGAACGGAGCUGCUAAGGAUCCACCACCACCUUAUGUGUCAGCAUAA